UCUUCAGCUGUGAACAGGUCAGUCGUGUUUGUAUUACAGUCUGCCGUUAAAGGUCGUGUCUUAGCGUACACACAACUAAGGAAUAUGGGAGAAAGCGGAACAAAGGCCUUUAAGAAUUUCAAGGUUGUUGGUUCUGUUGCAGCACCAUUUACACCCUUUCGCAGUGAUGGGGAAAUCAACUUUGAUAAGUUUGAGGAAUAUGUGGAAUACUUGAAAGAUCAUCAAUUCCAGUAUGUUUUUGUUAAUGGAACGUUAGCGGAGGGAAUGUCGAUGACUUUGGAAGAAAGGAAGAAGGUAGCAGAAGCAUGGAUGAAAGCGGCGAAAGGAAAAUUGAAAAUUAUCCUGCAUGUCGGAACCAGCAAUAUCAAAGAUUCUCAAGAUCUAGCUAAACACGCCAGCUCUAUUGGCGUAGAAGCAAUGGCAUCCCUCUGUCCUUCAUAUAUUAAACCUACCAAUGAAGAAACCCUGGUGGACACUAUGUGCGAGAUCGCCAAAGUAGCACCAGAAGUACCUUUCUUCUACUACUGCAUCAAUUUUGUUACUGGAAUUUACUUGGAUCCUUUCAAAUUCCUCCUGCUAGCAAAAGACAGAAUUCCGAAUUUGGUCGGUCUUAAGCAUUCCUCAAAGGAACUGAACAACGCUUAUAACUGCACUCUGGUAGAUCCUAAUAGGUUCCAAGUAUUGAUGGGAACUGAUGCACAAUUUUUACCGUAUUUCACCUUUGGGAUUAAUGUCCCUGUGACGGCGCCAUACAUGGGAACCCUAUUCUACAAGUUGAAAAAGGCAUAUGAUUCCAGAGACAGGGAAACCGCCCAGGCAAUUCAGACUCGCAUUUUGGAACUGAAUAACAUAAGAGGCAAAUAUGGAGCCGGGAUAGAAAUAGCAAAGGCGAUGUUUGGUAUUUUAAGUGGAAUUGAUAUAGGUCCAGUUAGACUGCCAAUCACACGAUUAACAGCAGACAGACAAAAUAUGUUGAAGAAGGACUUGGAGGCAUUUGGUCCAGUGGAAUAAGAUUUACUACACAAUUACGUGUACAUUACUUGUUCCCAAGUUCAUGCUCAAAGAUUUCUGGUAGAACCAAAAUCUCAUAUUCUGAAAAGACAUAUAAGCGGUCAAAUUAAUUUCUACUAUAUUCAAUUCAAGAUGUGUACAUGUACAUUAACAUAAUUUUGUACGACAUAAAAAUACUUGUGUAAAA